GUUGAAUCUCCCAGCGUCCGCCUCCAGCUAGACUGCGUCUGCUGUGAACGCACCGACAUGAGCCAAGUGUCUGAAGAUCUACUCAGCUUUUGUCUGUUUUUCAAGUUUGUCCCUAUCCCCCCCCCUUCCCUUUCCAUUUUCAUAUACUCCAUCGUGGUCCACCUUUCGCGUCGAAGUAAGCAAGUCCUGACGUCAUUGUCAAUCUUGGUGCUGUUGUCGAUUGCAGAACUCGUGAACACGUACCACCUACAGCUAAAUACAUAUUGCAAUUCCAAGUGUAUCCCUCAACUUUCGGACCAAGUAUUUAGUCCCGCCCGUGUAAAAUGAGGGGUCACUAACAUCUCACUCUUGGCCAUCGAUACGAGGGCUUGCACGGAAGACCAGAUCUGGACGGCCAGUGCAUAAUGAGCAGUGACGGCGAAUCGGUGAAUAGAUAUAGUGAGUCUGAUCAC